AUGCCCUUGACAUUUUACGCAUACAAUGCAAGGGAAGGCGGACGGCACGUUGUGGCCGGAGUUACGAGGAUAACCAAACAUCGCUUCCCAAAAUUGGCAGCAUGGCGUAACCAACCUGGAGUCGCCAGUUUCCGCCGAAAGAACGAAGGACGUCUGCCCCAGCGAGCCCUAGAUGUUCUGACAUGCCAGACGGAAAACGACGCUUGCCUUAAUUGCAAUGAUACCACCAGCAACACUUGCCCGCCAGGCCAAGCCUGCUACAACCUUUUCAAGAGGCGGUGGUCUAAUAUAUUUAGCAACAAUCUUAUGAUCAAGCAGACGUCCAAUAACAUGGGCUACGGGGUCUUCGUAAGGACCAACCGAACCAUUCCUAGGGGAACCUGGAUUGGCGAGUACGUAGGGGAACUCAUCCCUUUCGAUCCCAACCGGGUCAACGGCAGUAACUACGAGUACGACUUCCACGGCAAUAUUGCACGUGUCGACGCCGUGGCCCAUGGAAAUUUCUUGCGCUUUGUGAACCACGCCUGCGAUAACAACGUCGACAGCAACGAGUACACUAUCGGAGGUCGCCUGUGCAUACUAUUCCGGGCACGUCGGAACAUCGUGGGAGGGCAGGAGCUUACGCUCAAUUAUGGAGCACAAUUCUUCCAGCCGCCUAAUCUGUGCCGGUGUUCCCUUCUCCUGCUCCCCCAUGCGGCGCGAGAACUAGAGUCUGACUCGGAGGAGGAAUCUGAUGAAGAUUAG